UCAACUUUGAAGUGUUACACGCUAAAGUGUCCGGCCACGGUUGAUAACAGUAAUGGAGUUCAGACGAGGCAGAGGAGGCAGCUGGAAAAGAGGCGGACGCGGGGGAACCGACGGAGAGAGUUCAGGCGGUGAGCACCGGGGCAGAGGGAGAGGAGGGCAGACCCGAAGCCGGGGGAAAAGAGACCAUUACCGGGGCCGAGGACGCGGGGGAAGCGGCCCGGCGGCGGAGCUCCAUCCCCGGGACCACGAUGCAGGGGAAUACUUUCAGGAGGAAGACAACAGUAUGGAAGUUUUCUCCAGGAGGAAACUGGAGACAAACUGGGAUCGCUACGAGGCGUCGGAGCGCAAGGAGCCUGAUGACGAAACGCCCGCUCAGAGGGGAAUAGACUACCACCUCCUGAUGGAGUCAGCAGCGUAAAUGCCAAAGGGGCUCCUGUGAGUUGUUUGACUCGUAUCUCUCGUCUCUGUGUUUUGCCCACAUUAUCAGAUUAGUCAUGCCGUACAGCAAGAGGCUGCCGCUCUCUAGAGGAUACUUAAUUGUACGUGGGAGGCGAUGCUUUCAAUAGUCGUUUUCCUGGAUAAUUAAAGUAGCCCUGAAAUCAGGAAUCUGCCACAGAAACCUGCCUCUUGAGUUACGGAAGAAUACUUCUUAAUGUGGAGCUCUACCAUCACUCAUUGUCUCCAAGGUGUUGAAGUGUUGCAGCUUUCUGGUAGUGUUGUUGGAAAGUAUGUGCAGAUUUGAUGUAUUCUAAGACAUAAAUGGCUUUGAGUUUGAGCAGUGUUUGUUAACCUUUGUAACGUAUCUUGAAGUUCUUAAAUAACUCAAAAUCCCAGAGCAGAAGUGACGGAGGCAUAGAUGUUAGUGAGAUUAUGAGCGGAAUUUGAAAUAUUUUGAUCAAUGUUUUAAUGCUACUUAGCAGCCUGUCACACUGUCUGAUGAUGUUUCCGUCCACUGCUCACUGUCAGAGCUGAGCACAUAUGAGCAACCUAAAACUAAACUCUAAAUAUAUAUCUGUGUGGGAGGGGUUGUUUUGUUCUACCUGGCUUUAAAAGGCAGAGAGCAUUGAAGUUUAGAUAAAGAGACCAUGUUUUUUUUGGAGGAUCUUAAGAGCUCAAACAAGUAACUUUCUACUUUAAAAUGACUGCAAUAUUGAUAAUUGCUUACAAUUGAG